AUGAGCUAUGAUUGUCUAAUAAAUCACUUAUGUCAUUUUAGUUGCAGUUUUGAAAAAGCUCAUAUUACUGAAACUUUAUCCAAAUGCGUUCAGUUUGCUAGUCAUGUUUGUGAUCAAAUUCAUGCUUGUGAGGUAUUUUAUACUUAUACCCAUUGCGCUAAGGAGAUAAGGCAUAAGAAAACUCUUGGAAAUUCAACUUAUUUAUAUGAA